AUGUCAGAGGAAACUGUAAUCGGACGCUUUAAACUCAUGGCAUUGCCAAGUGGAAAGCAGGAAAGUGGCUCGGGUGACGUUGUCACCACAGAUAACGAGGAAGCCACAUUUUGUACACAAUGUAUCAGUCUUUUGACGGCGACUGAAAAGGAUUUCGACACGGCUAGCGCAAGAUAUAAUGUUCCAAUCGACGUUGCCUCUGAGGACUUCAAAGGCCGCGUCAAAUUAGGCUGUCGGCUGUGUAUAUUGUUGGACAAAUGGCUCGAAGCGAGCCCCAAGGAUACUCCAAAUUCCCCUUGCCUAUGUCGCGUGCGUAAUGCUACUGCCACUGGCGACUCCACUUCAGAACAGACGGGCGACUAUAUGCUUGAAUUCGAUAUUAGAUUCUAUGGCGGCAACGUUUCCACAGUACUGAGAUUGACUUCGCAUCAUGACACACCUAUAAUGCCACAACAACAAAACGAAACACCCGACUCUCCACCUACAGCGAGUCUUGCAGCAUCAUCAACAGCGUCUUCAUCUUGUUUGGAACUCAUUGAAUGGUGGAUCAAUGACUGCAACCUCAACCACAAACUGUGUUGCUUCAGGAGAGAUUUAUCGACAUCGUGGCUACCAACUCGGCUUAUAUUUCUAGGAGAUGGGGUCAAUGAGUUUCCCAAGAUCUGUCCCAGAGAGGAAAUUCCACAAGGUAAGCGUUACAAUACGCUAAGUCAUCGCUGGGGCCCAAACAUGUUCAGUCUACUCAGGAGUAAUCUUGGAGCGCUUCAACAGAGUCUUCCACUUGAUCAGCUCCCCGCCACUUACUUAGACGCCAUGGAAGUUUCACGUAGAAUGGGCGUUGAGUACUUGUGGAUUGACUCAAUAUGCAUCAUCCAAGAUUCAAGACCAGACUGGCGACUGGAGUCGGCGGCAAUGGGACUCGUAUAUAAACAUGCUUGGUGUUGUGUCGCAGCAACGGCUUGCCAACAAGCAGGAAUCCUGAUAAACCGUCCUCCUAUCGCAACAAGAUGCACCAUUAAGCCUAGUGGCGACAACCCCAAGAUAGCUGCUGGGACGUAUCACCUCUUUCCAAGGGAAAAGGAUACCUGGGAUAACGGAAUACGCAACAGUCCUUUGAGUCGGAGGGGCUGGGUGACACAGGAACGACUAUUAUCGCCUCGUAUAAUCCAUUUCGGGGAGAGACAAAUGCUUUGGGAGUGCCAGGAGCGGCAAGCUUGCGAGACAUUCGCCGAGACUGUUCAUUCUCGGGAAAUACGGGAAUAUAAGCUGAACUACCCCGCGAGUAUCUCAUGGCCGAAAAUGUUAAGCGGAUUAGCUCCAAGCUCUUACUAUACUUACUGGCAAGAUAUCAUUACCGACUACAACCUUUGCCAGCUGACGAUACCGUCAGACAGACUCGAUGCAAUAGCAGGCGUUGCUAAAGACAUACAAAAGACCCUUGAUAGCCGGUAUCUAGCUGGCAUUUGGGAAAAGCAUAUCUGUGCUGAUCUGCUUUGGUCAAACAAGUCCUCGCAUGGCGUUGCAUAUCAUGGUGACAACUUUGGAACCAGAAACAUAGAGUACCAGGCUCCGAGCUGGUCCUGGGCAUCGUUCAAUGGAGCGCCCUGGUGGAUGACGAGUUCUUUUGGCCGCCAGAAUUACGUUGCCCAGUAUGUGCGCGGAGCUGUGGUAGAAAUGCAACCAGGGAGUCUAGGACAGGUUAAAUCGGGGUUUAUUCACCUCCGAGGGUCGUUAAUCAACCACGGACUGACCAUUCAAAACCUGAUCGAUCAAGCCCCACCACGCAUCCCUUCGUGUACUAGGAUUGAUUAUUAUAAUUACGAAAUGAACCUGGACACCAACCCGGAAGAAGAUCCACGCCUUCGAGGAAUAGACCGAUCAUCAGCCGUCUAUAUUCUUCCAAUCAUGGUAGAAGGGAUGCGAGGAGAGUCAGACGCAUGCCUGUUAGGCUCUUCAGCAGCGAGGAACAUUGCAAUUAUCAGGCGCUUUUCAGAAGGCCUUUUUACGAGCAAUCCUGCUAUGUUUGCUCUGCUGCUGCUGCGUACCGGAUAUGGGGAAUUCCAAAGAUUGGGGAGACUGGUGUUGAGAGAGGACACAUAUGUCUAUGCCAUUCUUAAGUAUGUGUCGGUUUUGAAUAGCAAUGAAUACCUUGAGCGGCAUACGGAUUACCUAUACACUAUAGGUGUUGUAUAA